GAUUCAACGUUAGGGAAAAUAAAUAAAUUAUAAAGAUGGGGAACUGUAUAGUAGUAGAGAAGAAAAUGAUAAAGAUUAUGAGAAAUGAUGGAGAAGUAGUUGAAUACAGAGGUCCCAUGCAUGUUCAUGACAUCCUCACCCAGUUCUCUGGUCACUACUCUCUCUUUGAUUCUCUGUCCAACAAUUAUCAUCUUCAUCCACAAGCCACGCUUCUGUGUGGUCGCCUCUACUAUCUCAUGCCAAAGCAGGCGACCACAAUCAAGCAUAGGAAGACGAAGAAGGAAGUCAGGUUUGCAAAUCCAGAGGUAGAAAAAGAAGAAGGAGACAGAUUAACAUAUUAUGGUGACAACACUAUGGAGAAGAGUCCUAGUGUGGUGAGAGUGAAGAUGGUUGUGAGUAAGCAAGAGCUCGAGAAGCUGCUUCAAGGAGGUCCAAUUCAUGAAAUGGUCUAUAGAAGUCUUGCUAAGCAACAUCUGUGCCAUGAUGCUGAUGAUGCUGAUGAUGCUGAGUGUCUUAGAGGCUGGAGACCUUUGUUAGAUAGUAUUCCUGAAUCUGAUUAGCUUAUAUAGCUGUCCAUAUCUUCCAUAAUAUAUAUAUGACACAUACAUAGAUAUACAUACAUAACAGAGACUCAAAGCUUGUUCAAGAGAGGAAAGAAAGCAUGUAAUACAUAAAAGAAAGAAGUUGCAAAAAAAAAAUACAUAAAAGAAAGCAUUCUUUCUUAGAAAGUAUCAAAGUUUGUAUUAAAACCGAAAAUGCGAAUAUUUGCUAUGUUGAAUGUUCCAAAAAGGAUGCGUGAGUGCUUGUCCCGGUUAAUUUCAAAGCCUAUAGGCUUAUGAUAGGCAUCUCUAGUGGCUUCCAAAGCAAAG